CAAAUGGCUAUAUACAAUAUAAUUAUAGUGGUAGCAACAACAACUCGACGACCUUGUUCUUUGAACAUGCUUUAUUACUUUUGUGUUGGACUACUAUUAUAACAUCUAUUAGAAGUGGGAUUACAUUUAGGGAAAAAGUUUUAUCAACACACAUUAUCUGUUUAAUUAUUCUUUUCAACCUUUUAAUACAAACUAUUCGCGAAGAUGUCAAACAGCAAUGAACAGCAACCACAGCCUACAGGAGCUUUGGAUGCUGUUUUUGUACAAUCAGUAGAAAUGCCCGAUGAUUCUGUCUUGAUUCAAGGACCUGACUUCAAUAAGAAGCUGUCACUUUCAGACCUGUUGAACAGCUACAAGAAAAUCGGAUACCAAGGAAGUAGUCUUGGUGAAGCCAUUGAAAUUGUUAAAGAAAUGAGAAGAUGGCGUCUGUCUGAUGAUCCUAUCAACGAAGAUGAAGCUAAAGAAUAUCUCGACCCUGAGAAGCGUAAACAGACAAAGUGUAAAAUCUUUCUUGGAUUCACAUCCAACUUGGUCUCUUCAGGUUUAAGAGAAAUCAUCCGUUUCCUUGUUCAACACAAAAUGGUGGAUGUUCUUGUAGCUACCGCUGGCGGUGUAGAGGAAGAUUUUAUCAAAUGCUUAGCUCCCACUUACCUCGGCGAUUUCAACUUGAAGGGCAGUGAGUUGAGAAAGCAAGGUCUCAAUCGUAUUGGCAAUCUUUUAGUGCCUAACAACAACUACUGUAAAUUUGAAGAUUGGAUUAUUCCUAUUUUUGACAAGAUGUUAGAAGAACAAAAGUCUGAAAACAAAUUCUGGACACCCUCUACGAUGAUUGAAAGAUUAGGCAAAGAAAUUAAUGAUGAAUCCAGCAUUUACUACUGGGCAGCAAAGAAUAAGAUUCCAGUUUAUUGUCCUGCUAUCACAGACGGUUCUUUAGGUGAUAUGAUUUACUUCCAUUCUUAUAAGAAUCCUGGCUUAGUCGUUGAUAUUGCUGCUGAUAUCCGCGCUAUGAAUAAUGAAGCUGUGUUUGCUAAAAAGACUGGUAUGAUUAUCUUGGGUGGUGGUGUCAUUAAACAUCAUAUCUGUAAUGCUAAUUUGAUGAGAAAUGGUGCUGACUACGCAGUGUAUAUUAAUACGGCUCAAGAAUUCGACGGAAGCGACGCUGGUGCACGUCCUGACGAAGCUGUUUCUUGGGGUAAAAUUAGAGCCGACAGUCGGUCAGUCAAAGUUUAUGCAGAUGCUACUCUUGUGUUUCCUUUGAUUGUAGCUGAAACCUUUGCCAAAGAACUCCAUGAAUCUCAAUAAGCAAUUGCAGAUUGUUGUAUUGCUUUUAUUAUGUUCUGUUUAUGAAUAAGUUAUUGUAGUUUUAGAUAUUUCUUUCCUUCAUAGAUAUUAGACCGAAUAAUACUAGUAUUUGUAAUGUAUAAUUAUCUAUUUAUAAACCAUUUUUCUUCACUAAAACGUCCAGUAAUAGUCGUCUUUCUGUUUUCAAUUUGCGUAAUUCGCGCUGUGUCACGGAAAACUCAUCAAGUAACAUUUCGUUUUCUUGGAUCACAUAAUUUAACAUAGCUUUUAAUGGUAUCUCUGCUGGACUAUCAUCAGCUUUUAUCGGAUUCUGCUGCCUCUUUACUUUGCUUGCCGUUUUGACAAUUGAAUUGUUCUUUUUUCUGCUGAGGUCCGCUUUCUUUUCUGCAGGAGAGUUUCUCAAAUUACCUUCGGAAGUGAAUGAAUUAUCGUCUAUCGACCUUCCAGUUUCUGUUGAUUGCUUUCGUCUUUUGAUUGA